GGCUCGGGUCCGGCAGCCUCGCCUCAGGCUCAGACCCAACCGCCUGCGACGCGACGCGCGCGAACGCAAUCGUGUCAGAUGCCAGUCACCAACCCGAUCCGAUCCAUCGCCGCCGCCAAUCCCAUGGCGCGGACGCUGCUGAGCUCCUCCGCCGCCCUCCUCCUCCUCCCGCGCCGCGGCAGCAUUUAUACCCGCGCAUUCCCCCUCGCGUCGUCGUCCCCUCCUUCCCCGCUCCGCCUCCGCCGCCUCCGGUCUCUUCACGGUUCUCGCCGGUGGCAGAGGAGCAGGUGCUCGGUUGGGGCGGCGUCGUCGUCGCCGGCGUUGCGGAACCUCCCGUCGUGGUCGAAUAAGCGGAGGGAGGGAUCGGAGGAGAUGACGGUUACGUCGUCCGUCAAGGUCGCUGGAGGGGAGCUUUCGGUCCAUGGGCGGACGGUGCUGUCCGGGGUGCCGGAGGUGGUGCGGGCGUCGUCCGCGGCGGCGGCGGGCCCCGUCGAUGGGGUCUUCCUCGGCGCUGACUUCGCCGAGCCGGCCGCUCGCCACGUCGUCUCCCUCGGCGCGCUAAGUGGGUUGCGAUUCAUGGCAUGCUUCCGGUUCAAGCUGUGGUGGAUGGCGCAGAGGAUGGGGGAGAAGGGGGGCGACGUGCCGCACGAGACGCAGUUCCUGCUGGUGGAGUCCAAGGCCGUGGAUGGCUGCGUCGGCGAGGACGCCUACGUCGUCUUUCUCCCGCUCGUCGAGGGCGCGUUCCGGGCGAGCCUCCAGGGCGGCGGCGCGGGCGGCGACGAGCUCCAGCUCUGCGUCGAGAGCGGCGACGCGGACACGCGCGCCGUGUCGUUCGACCGCGCGCUCUUCGUGGGCGCCGCGGAGUCCGACCCCUUCGCCGCCAUCGCCGGCGCCGUCGCCGCAGCCAAGUCCUGCCUCAAGACGUUCCGCCUCCGCUCCGAGAAGAAGCUCCCCGGCAUCGUCGACUACUUCGGGUGGUGCACGUGGGACGCCUUCUACCAGGACGUCACCCAGGAGGGCGUCGAGGCCGGCCUCCGCAGCCUCACCGCCGGCGGCGCGCCGCCCAAGUUCGUCAUCAUCGACGACGGCUGGCAGUCCGUCGGCACCGACCACCAGAACCCCGACGACACCGGCACCGACGCCAAGGACAGGCAGCCGCCACUCGCCCGGCUCACCGGCAUCAAGGAGAACAGCAAGUUCCAGGACGGCGACGACCCGGCCGCCGGCAUCAAGACGGUGGUGCGCGCGGCGAAGGAGAAGUACGGCCUCAAGUACGUGUACGUCUGGCACGCCAUCACCGGUUACUGGGGUGGCGUCCGUCCCGGCGUCGCCGGGAUGGAGGGGUACCACUCCAACAUGCAGUUCCCCAACGUCUCGCCGGGCGUCGUCGAGAACGAGCCCGGCAUGAAGACCGACGUGCUCACCACGCAGGGGCUCGGCCUCGUCCACCCGCGCGCCGUGUACCGCUUCUACGACGAGCUCCACGCCUACCUCGCCGCCGCCGGCGUCGACGGCGUCAAGGUCGACGUGCAGUGCGUCCUGGAGACGCUCGGCGCCGGCCACGGCGGCCGCGUCUCGCUCACCCGCCAGUUCCACCAGGCGCUCGAUGCCUCCAUUGCCAAGAACUUCCCGGAGAACGGCAUCAUCGCCUGCAUGAGCCACCACACCGACGCCCUCUACUGUGCUAAGCAGACGGCAGUGGUGAGGGCAUCGGAUGAUUUCUACCCGAGGGAUCCGGUGUCUCACACGAUCCACAUUGCCGCGGUGGCGUACAACAGCGUGUUCCUCGGCGAGUUCAUGCUCCCUGAUUGGGACAUGUUCCACUCUCUCCACCCAGCCGGCGACUACCAUGGCUCGGCGCGGGCGAUCAGUGGCGGCCCUGUCUAUGUCAGUGAUGCCCCUGGGAAGCACAACUUUGAGCUGCUGAAGAAGAUGGUCUUGCCCGACGGCUCCGUUCUUCGCGCGCGGCUGCCUGGCCGGCCGACCAAGGACUGCCUCUUCACCGAUCCGGCGCGUGAUGGCGUCAGCUUGCUGAAGAUUUGGAACAUGAACAAGUUCACCGGAGUGCUCGGCGUGUACAAUUGCCAGGGCGCAGCAUGGAGCUCUGUGGAGAAGAAAAACACCUUCCACCAGACCGGCUCCGAGGCGCUCUCUUGCGGCGUCAAGGGCAGCGACGUUCAUCUUAUCGCCGAUGCCGCGACCGAUCCCGAAUGGAACGGUGAUUGUGCCGUGUACCGUCAUGCAAGUGGUGACCUUGUACUCCUUCCAAAUGGCGCGGCAUUGCCAAUCUCCCUCAAGGUCUUGGAACAUGACAUCCUCACCGUGUCCCCAAUCAAGGAUUUGGCACCUGGGUUCAGGUUUGCACCGAUCGGACUGGUUGACAUGUUCAACAGCGGGGCGGCGGUGGAAGGCCUGACCUACCAUCGUCUCGACGGCAUAAAGUCACUAAGCAAUGGCUCUCCUUCCACCUUGCCGGAGCUGCAGAGCUUGAGCUCCCAGGCCGUCGGAUUGGUCUGCAUGGAAGUCAGAGGAUGUGGAAGGUUUGGUGCCUAUUCUUCGGUCAGGCCAAGGAAGUGCAUGCUGGCUUCAGCUGAGGUGGAAUUCACCUAUGAUACUUCCUCUGGGCUGGUGAUGCUUGACCUGGGGACCAUGCCCAAGGAGAGGGUUCACAAGAUUGUUAUUGAGUUGUAAGAUUGUAGGAGAAAACACAUCAGAAUGUCAGUUCUGAUGAAUCCACUAUGAUGUUCAUCAGGAGCAUCAUUUUGGUGAUAGGAAUUUGGAGAGGAUAGGAUUUGAUCAUCUGAUUCAAUUGAGGGAAGGAAUAUAUGGUGACAUUUUUUCUGUCAAAAGAAAAAUAUACGAUGAUAUUGUUGAAACAA